CCCUUAAUGAAAAAAUAAAAACGGCUGUCUCAAAUUUCCACACUUCCUCUUUCCACCCACAACAUUCCCUUCCCAUUAUCUUUCACGCUGCUUUUCUGCAAUAUAAAUCUAAGACAAGGAGAAUAUCCGUCUGGUUUGAUAAAUUCUUGAUCUCUCUGACCACAACAAAAUACAGUGUAAAGUUUACUGGCAAUGGAGGGAACUGAGUCAACAACUAGACAGAGAGCAACAGCAGAAGCUGGGAACCAGCAGUCAGACAACACAGUGCUGAUGUCCAGCAAGCCUCUGCAUCGCUUUGUCCAAAAAGAGCCCAGGAGUCUUGGGAUUGUUAUUCUGAUGUUUGGCUGUGCUGAGCUGCUGAUGGGAUUUCAGCUGUCUGGUGAAACUAUGCGCACCUCUUAUGGGAUCUACAUCCCCUUCUGGCAGGGAGCUCUGUUUCUUGUCUGUGGAAUCCUCUCAAUCUACACUGAGUUACAUCCAUCCAAGAAGAUGGUGACCGUGUGCUUGGCCAUGUAUGUGGUUUCCAUUUUGGGAAUCAUAGUUUCUCUUUGCUACAGAGUAUACUGCAUCUCUUUCCUCACGGUCUCUUACUAUAUGCGAGAUUUGUCUGCUGGCAGAGUGGCACAGAUUAAUGGUAUUGAAAUCAUAUUGUUCAUAUCCUCCCUGUGCGUGUCAGUUCUUCUCAUCUUCUUGUGUGUCGUCGCAAGAUUUGCACUAAAAAGCACACGGACUCAGGUUAUUGUUCAGAGAAUCCCACCACCACAGACUGAAACAACGUUGAGCUAAGAUCAACUGUUAAAGCUCUUACUCUGCGAUUACUAACACUGUUUCUCCUGCACUUCACCUGUCCUGGGAAAGAAAUCUGUCUCAAUUCUGUACAAUAUAUCACUUGUGAAUGUUACACCACCUUACUGUCAUGCAUUACUGAACCACAUUUAUUUGCUUUUUUAAAAAGCAUUUUUGAAAUAAACAGGAUUUGUGUCAUAGAAUGUGGGAAAAAUAUUUUUAUAAGCACGUACUAAGGGAGUAUAGGAACCACUCUCGCUAGAAAGGCUCAUGUGCAGCUGCUGCAGACGUCAUAGUAAACACAUUAUUAUGUUACUAAUAGUGCACAUCAGCCUUUAAGCAGUUUAUAGCUGCUAAUCCCUGCAUCUAUUAUUAUAUCAAGCCACAAACUAAUGUUAUAUCACCUAAUAUGUAUGUAUAUUGUACUAGCAUUAAUGCGCAGUGAUGCUAGUUAAUACCGAUAAUGUCAGACAAAAGGUGAUGUUUGUAUAUUUACAUUUAUAUCAGUUCAAAGUGUGUUUUGCUUCUGAUCCACAAUUUCCAAAAACUCCAAGAAAUUCAAGGUUUUUAACCCAAAGAUACCCAGUUGAUUUGAAGUUUUGUUCUGUAUUGGGGACACUUUUUGUACAUCCUAAAACCCUGUGUUGUCCACAUUUCCGUCCAUCUAAUUCGGGCAGCUCCGGGAAAAAUUGCAUAUUUUGUAGCAUGAAAGUAAAUAAUUACAAUAUCUGUAGCUGACAUCACAAUCACAUGAGCCUUUCUUCAAAUGUUAUUGCACUGAUCCUUUUAUUCUGAGCUUACGAGUGUAACUGCAUCAUUAUUAUUAUUAUACAGUAAAUGCUGUAUGUUGGUUGAGCUUUAAAUGUCUUAUAAACUGCAGCGCAUGAUAAUCAAUGUGAGCCUCUGUAUGCAUUUAGCUGAACUCAUUUCACAGUUUGACUUUGGCUGAAAAAAACGAUGUGAACUCUGAGUUUUGGUUACAGGACAUCUGCAUGCAAGGGCUACUUGGGAAAUCUUAAAUAAUCUUUAAGUAUAGCUUAUUACAAGUGUGUCUGAAUCUCUUUGCAGUUGAAUUGACACAGUGAAGUCACUUUUAAGUGUCAAAGCUUGACUGAUUUAAUGGUACAGCUUGGGAACAGGCGCACAGUUGAUAUACUGAGCCUGCUUGAAACCUGUUGUCAUUUUUUAUGUGUGUGAAAAACAGAUUUAGCCUGAAGUAUUUUUUUUCUAUUUGUCUGGUGCAAUAAAUGCAGAGUAUAUUGUCUUUGUUAAAUAAAUGAUAAAUACAACA